UUUGCAUUAAGAGCUAAAAAAUGGAUUUUGGGGUAGUCAUGGAAUUAUCAGGAAUACAGAAACAUCGCAGUCUCUAUGUACCAGAACUUCCUCCCUGUCUUCAGGGAAGCAAUGUUCAAGUUGAAUUUGGUGAAGCUAUUGCUGUAUCAGAUCCUACAGAUGCACAUUCCAUUCAGAGAUCAUUUCCUUUAACGUAUGGGCAGCCACUUAUUCAUUUAUCCAAUUCUAUUUAUAAUAAUUCUUCUAAAGGUAGCACUGCCCAAGUCAAUAAAGAUCUCCCAGCAAUCAGGGUUGGCAUUGUGUUUUGCGGACGUCAAUCUCCGGGAGGACAUAAUGUCAUAUGUGGGCUUCGAGAUGCUAUCAAGUCUCACAAUCCGAAAAGUACUUUGAUUGGAUUCUGCGGGGGUACUGAAGGUUUGUUUUCAAAAAAGACUAUUGAAAUCACUGAGGACAUUGUUUCAACUUACCGAAAUCAAGGUGGUUAUGACAUGCUGGGAAGAACAAAGGAUCAAAUAAGAACAAACGAGCAAGUAAAAUCUGCACUGGAUGCGUGCCAAGCGUUAAAAUUGGAUGGGCUUGUUAUCAUCGGCGGGGUCCUAUCCAAUACUGAUGCAGCACAACUAGCCGAGACCUUUGCCAGUGCAAAAUGCCAAACAAAGGUAAUUGGUGUUCCAGUCACGUUAUAUGGUGAUCUAAAAAACCAGUUUGUGGAAGCUAACGUCGGAUUCGAUACAAUUUGCAAGGUCAACUCUCAACUUAUAAGUAAUCUGUGCACUGAUGCGCUGUCCGCAGAAAAGUAUUACUAUUUCAUUAGACUGAUGGGAAGAAGAGCGUCUCAUGUUGCGUUGGAAUGCACACUCCAAUCUCAUCCGAAUAUGGUUAUUCUCAGUGAGGAAAUUGCUGCUUCAAACCUUACUCUCUUCGAUAUCACCAAACGAAUCUGUGACGCAGUUCAAGCAAGGGCAGAACAAGAUAAAUAUCAUGGGGUAAUUCUCUUACCCGAAGGACUUAUCGAAAGUAUACCUGAAGUGCACACACUCUUGCAAGAAAUACUCGCGCUACAUAAGAAAGGGGUUCCAAUUGAUAGCAUUUCAGCACAAUUGUCACCUUGGGCAUUGGCUUUGUUUGAGUUCUUGCCACCUUAUAUCAAAGUACAGCUUCUUCUUUCUCCUGAGUCGGACGAUUCCGCACAGUUGUCGCAGAUCGAAACUGAGAAACUUUUAGCUCAACUAGUGGAAACAGAGAUGAACAAACGAACGCAAAAUGGAACAUACACUGGAAAGAAAUUUAGUUCAAUUUCCCAUUUCUUUGGGUAUCAAGCUCGAGGUUCACUUCCAUCCAAGUUUGAUUGUGAUUAUGCCUAUGUUCUUGGACAUGUUUCUUAUCAUCUCCUUGCUGCUGGAGUUAAUGGGUAUAUGGCCACUGUUACAAACCUUAAGGAUCCUGUAUCUAGGUGGCGUUGUGGUGGUGCACCAUUUACGGGAAUGAUGGCUGUAAAGAGAUUGCAUGGUCCCGGGGUCUCACCAAUUGGCAAACCAUCAAUUCAUCCAGCUGCAGUGGAUUUGAGGGGAAAAUCAUACAAAAUGCUGAUUCAAGAAGCUGAAAGUUUCUUGAUGGAUGAUGUCUACCGGAAUCCAGGACCCAUUCAGUUUGAAGGAACGGGUUCAGAAAUCAAGCCAAUCAGUUUGUGUGUAGAAGACCAGGAUUACAUGGGAAGGGUAAAAGACUUACAGAAUUACCUCGACAUGGUAAAGAUGAUGGUGAAACCAGGUUGUUCACAAGAGGUUUUGAAAGCAGCGGUGAGUUCGAUGUCAUCUGUUGUCAAUAUACUUUCAAUCAUGUCUGUUCCUUCAAAAGGCCAAGCCUCGUUAUGAAUGGAAAAGUAUGAGCAUAUAAAUUAUUCAUAAACUAGUCAGGCCUCACCGGUCAAUCCUCAGUUUCACUUUCAAGCAGCGAGGAAACAAUUACUCCCACCCUCGCGCGUCUACUGAGAUGAUUGUCAACUGAAUGUAAUUGUUGAAGUAUGCCGCGCACUAGAGGGAAUACGGGUUGUUUCACUAGUAAUAUCUCUUUAUUUUUAUGAAGUUGUUUUCUCUCCCAUUAAAUUAUUCCACGCAAAAACCAAUUUUUUAUGCAUCAUAUCACAUUUCCGUUUUAUACGGUGAAAUAAAUUAUCAAUCCCA